AUGCCUCCUCCGUUAUUAUACAAUGUCUUGCCAGCUGCUCUUCCAGCGCACUGUGAGCCGUCUUCGCCGUUUCUCACCGCCGUCUCGUCCUAUCUACAUAUCUGCCUUCCCACGCCGCUUGCGUUGAUAUCAUCCAUCCUCGGCACGCUCAGUAUUAUAUCAUGGCUUUUUGCACAGCUCCCGCAAAUAUACAAGAACCACCAGCUCCAGUCGACCUCCGGCCUGUCGCUGUUUUUCCUGAUCGAAUGGUGUCUAGGCGAUACGGGUAAUCUGGUGGGCGCCCUACUGACCCGACAAGCGGCCUGGCAAGUGAUUGUUGCAGGCUAUUACGUCUUGGUGGAUGUGACCCUCGUGUUCCAAUUCUUCUGGUAUACGCACUACAAGAGCAGAAGGGCCGUGUACCGUGGCUACACUCACCCCCACCAUGGCAAUGAUACCGGCGCGGUUCUCGAAGGCGUGUCAAUGUCCGAGGAGGAUUCCGUCAACGAUCUAGCAUCCUUCAAGGCUACAAAGCAAGACACGAGCUCCACGGGGAAAGAUGCAGAGCUCCCCAAAAGGUCGUCGCCCCUCGCCAUGGACAGACAAACAUCUCUCUACACGAACGAAAAACUGAGCUCCUCGCGUCGGACCAUCACCAGAUCCGCCAGCGGACCCAGCCUGCCGCUUGUGUCCACCCGCACCCUGCUCCUGGCUUCUAUGCUCUGCGCCGUUGCUGCAAACGCCCAGCCCACAGAGCCCAAUAUCACUCCCAUAGCCGCACAGCGGACAACCGUCGAGAUCAUCGGCCGCGUCGCUUCCUGGGCCUCCACAGUCCUCUACCUAGGCUCCCGCCCGCCCCAGCUCUACAAAAACUACCGCCGCAAAAGCACGGCAGGCCUGUCACCGCUGCUCUUCAUGGCCGCCUUCUGCGGUAACCUCUUCUACUCCGCCUCGCUCGCAACCAACCCCAACGCAUGGUCCGAUUUCCCACCCUACGGAGGCGGCGGCUGGGCCGGCGCAGACGGUAACAACCGCCUUGAAUGGGUAGGCUUGUCCAUCCCGUUCUUCCUGGGCGCCUUUGGCGUGCUCUUCCUCGACGGCUGCAUGGGCCUGCAGUUCCUUCUAUACGGCAGCAAUGACCAAGAGGAAGUCGUGCGCGUCGAGGAUUCCGAGCGCGGGAGCCGCUGGACCCGCGUCCGCGGCUGGAUGAGGGGCUGGAUCCCCUCCGUUUCCCCUACGCGCGGUUAUCUCUCCAACGCGACCGCACAGGAAAGCCAGGCGCUCCUGCGGGGCGGCGAGCAUGGACAAUACGGCGCAGUCUAG